UCUCAUCAUCCCUCUCUUGUCUCAAACCAACAAUAUUGUGAUUUGUGAUUACAUUCACUCUCAUUAAUCUCUCUCUAGUCUCUGCCCAACCCAACAAUACAUGAUGAAUUUCUCUAACUCAAUCUCUCUCAGAGCAAAAACGAAGAAUCUCUCCAUCGAAAAUCUGUCACGUCUAGUUAAGAACCCAGGUCUUCUUUCCCAUCUGCAAGAUUUAAAGCUUGAUGGAGAAGAAAAAAAUCUUAGCUUUCAAUGGCUCGGCCCACACUUUUUAACUUUUCUCAAAUAUGCAACAGAAGUAUUGCAAUGCCUGGAUCGACGCGAUUUCAUAGCAUUUAAUAUGCAUGAUUUGUGUGAUCUGCAUGAUCUGUUGAAGUAUCUUGAUGAUUCAGCUUACUGCAUCUUAUAUGGAGAGAUCUUUUCUCGUCUUGAUAAAGAACAUUGCAAAAAAUUUUUAGAAAUCAUUCUCACUUUCAUGCCAGAGCUUAACAAGUUUUUCACAAUUCAAACACCCAUCUCAAAUAAUUCCAAUGUAAAUGAACAUUGGGAAAUCUUCAUCGACUUUCUUUUUGAAAGUAUUCGAGAAUUGCUUAGUUGCCAAAAGGAUUCGACCGUUCUUGUGAGUAAUCGAGUCAAAAUUCUUCAGCAGGGGUUGAAUUUUCUGCUCACCUUUCUUGUUUAUCCAAUUCCAAGCGAUGCGGAAGAACAGAAGAAAAGUAUAUUCACAGAAAUUGAAGCUGUAUUUAAUGAAGCAGGACUUUUCUUGCAUUCUUUCUUUUUCACCACAGAUCUUGUUACCUCCACCAAAAUGGAUCUUGCAAUUUCUGUUCUGUUAGAAAGGAUUGAGGUUGUGCUAGUGAAGAUGAAAUAUUAUAGUAUUGCAGUGUCAAGUGAAGUUGGAAUUGGAAGCCUACAAGUUGCAGAAAGUCCAAGUCAUGUAUCAUCAUCCCAAGAUAACAGCAGUCCCAUGGCAGAAGAGAUCGUUGUGGGCUUAGAGGACAUGACAACACAAAUUGUGAACAAGCUUGUUGGAGGACCAAAACGCCGCCAGAUUAUUUCCAUCGUUGGAAUGGGUGGACUUGGCAAGACAACCUCAGCAAAGAAAAUAUACGAUCAUUCCAAUGUUGCGUACUAUUUUGAUAAGCUCUCUUGGUGUGUUGUUUCUCAAUCUUACAAUAAGAGAAAGCUGUUGAUUGACAUUUUGAGCUCCUUAAGUGACGUUGACAAAGAAGAGAUGUUAAAAAUGAAAGACGAAGACUUGGCCGAAGUUCUUUACAAAAAUUUAAAGGGUAGAAGAUACCUCGUAGUUAUGGACGAUCUAUGGGAUAAAGAAGCAUGGGAAGAUUUGAAAAGGUUAUUUCCAGAGGACACAAAUGGAAGCAGAGUAUUGUUCACCAGUAGGCUGAAAAAUGUGGCAUCCAAAAUUUCUCAGGUUAUCAUUGAACCUCCUCUCCUAUCUCCAGGUGACAGUUGGAAUUUAUUAGAGCAGAAAGUGUUCAAGAAAGAAUGUUGCCCUCGAGAGCUGCAAGAUAUUGGUAAGCAAAUUGCAGCAAAUUGCAAGGGAUUACCACUUCUAGUAGUUUUGAUAGCUGGAAUUCUUUCAAAGAUGGAGAAAAAUGAAAGCUUAUGGCGACAAGUUGCAGAAAGUUUACGUUGUCACAUUUUCCAAAAAGCCGAUGACUACAUUCCCACAUUGAAACUUAGCUACAUCCAUUUACCAAAUCACUUGAAGCCAUGUUUCCUCUAUCUUAUUGCAUUCCAAGAAGAGGAGGAAAUUCCAGUUCGGAAGCUAUUAUUACUAUGGAUAGCCGAAGGACUCAUAGAGAAAAAGGAGCACGAGAGCUUAGAACAUGUAGCAGAGGAGUAUCUAAUGGAAUUAAUUGACAGGAGCCUGCUGCAAGUUGUCAAAAGAAGAUCUAACAACAGAGUAAAAGCUUGUAAUCUCCACGAUUUAGUACUUGAUAUGUGCCAGAAAAUAUAUGUAGAAGAGGAAAUGUUUCCAUUUCAACAACCAUUAUUGAUAUCUGAGAGUCUCCGUCGCCUGUUUAUGGAUCGGUAUCAUCAUCAUCAUCUCCCCGGGGCCUUCUCCAUUUCUGUUAAUUUGGAAAAAAAUAGGAUAUUGGAUUCAUGGAAAUGUGGAAAUUCUCGACUGGGAAUCAAAAUUAUGCCUGAUUUGAGGUAUUUGAGUUCUCUAACAUUAGAGCCAUCGGUAGGCAAACUCCAUCACCUUGAAUACCUUCGUUUGAAAUCUGUAAGUGAAGUACCAUCAUACCUUCUCAGUAUGCCUAAGUUAAUACAUCUAUAUGUCAAUAACAAAUAUCAUAUCUCAAGAUUCACAAAGGAUUGUGAUGGCUCUCAAAUAAAUUGUCUACAAACCCUUCGUUACGUUCGUAUUUCCGAUCCGAAAGAUGAAGCAAUCUUGAGAUGUUCACCAAAUCUUCGUACGCUUAAAUGCGAAACUUCAGUAAAUCACUUUCCUGAUCUCAACUUUCUUUCUAAGCUUGAAUCACUUUCAGUUUUAACUUAUGGCAAAAGAAAAUUUAAAGGUGACUACUCAGUGUUUAAAUUUCCCAUGAAUAUAAAAAAGCUCACUCUUUUAUAUAUGAGUUUGUCUUUGGAAAUUAUGUCAUUAAUCGGGACAUUGCCCAACCUCGAGAUACUGAAAUUAGAAUGUACAAGCUUUGAAGGAAAAAUCUGGGACACCAAGGAUGAUGAGUUCCAGAAACUCAAAUACCUUGAAUUAUAUUACGUGUACCUUGAAGACUGGAAUUCGUCAGAGGAUCAUUUCCCUAUACUCGAAAGAUUGGUGCUGAAAAAUUGUAAUGUUUUGAAGGCGAUUCCUUUUGAAUUUGGCAAGAUUUCAACACUACAAGAGAUUGUGGUAUAUUAUUGUCGCAAAAAUGCCGAAACUUCAGCUCUGAAAAUUCAUCAAGAACAACGGGAUUAUGGUAAUGAAGACUUUGAGGUGCACAUAAAAAGCUUUUGAUUAUGAAGACAGCCUUGUUCUACUGGUGUACACCGUGAGAUUACUUUACAUCCCACAGCACAUGAGGAGAUGAGAGAAUAAUUUUCCGCAAUCGUUAGUUGUUCUUUUUCGUAGCUUUUCCUUGUAGUGAACGUGAAGUUAUGACUUCUUUGUUGCAAGUAAAAUUAAAUAAUGAUCCGAUCAAAAAUUUUGCUAUUUUAUGUGUUAAGAUUUGGAGUUCCAUCUUAAAAGGUCAAUCUUGUUAAGAGGAGUAGCCCAAUACCGAUCUUUUAAGGCUUGCUGCUGAAAGUUGCAGAUUAUGUUGUUCAUGUUCGUGGGAAGAAGUUUACUCCAUUUGCACAAGAUAAAGUUUCUCCAAUAGUUGGAAUCUAACAAUUUUUUUGUAAAUUAUUUUUAUUUUAUGUUGUUUUGAACUCAACAAUUAAGGAAUUGAAUGAAUAUAUUUGCAAUUCCA